GUACAUUCGAAUUUCCCUUCUACAUUAUCUCUUCAAACCUCACAAAGAAAAUUUGAACAAUCUUUACAAAAUAACUCCUCAACAAUGAAAUUUUUUAUUGUCCUGUUUGCACUUGCUGCCUACGCAAUGGCCGAAGCCGAUCCAAAUCUGGAAGCGAGAGCUGGGUGCUCCAUGAGGGGACAAUUCUGCGUUAACGGCGGCACAUUCCGGUGCUGUGAGGGACAAGGGAACUGUAUUGCACAACGGAUAUCGCCAAACAUGAUAGCGGAUAGCUAA